UCCAUAGUCGCUCGCCGAAAAAGUUUUUGCGUGAAGACCAUGGAAGACCAACCCUCUGAAUGAAAAUGCUCUACUCUUAUAAGAGUAGAGACAGAGAUACUGGUGUGGUGGAAUUUCCAGCUUACGGACUCAUGCUAUGUAAGUUGAGACAGCGGUACCCCAGGUCUCAUUCAGCCAAUCAUCCUAUGGCCUGACAAGGAAUUUCAGAGAGACAAUGACUGCAUCUCUAGAUGACACAAGCUUAUGCUAGUGGAUUGGACAUGAACAUGUUGUCCCUGCAGACCAGCAGUGACACUUUGGAGAGGAAUGUGCCUUUAAUACGCCUGGAGGAUGAUGCUGACCUCAGGGAAAUCUAUGAAUUUGGAAGGAAAUUGGGUCAAGGUAGCUUUGGAGUUGUUUAUGAAGCCACUCACAUUGAGACACAGACAAAAUGGGCUAUUAAAGAGGUUUGCAGACCAGCGGCAGGAAGUUCCAAAGCAGAGAUGCUGGAGCUGGAAAUAAACAUUCUCAAACAAGUGAAUCAUGCUCACAUAAUACGUCUCCAGGAAGUCUACCACACGGCUAAGAUGACUUAUUUGGUUACUGAGCUGUGUGUUGGAGGUGAACUGAAGCACCUGUUGCAGCGGAAAAAGUUCUUUACAGAGGAUGAGACAAGGCACAUCAUCUGUAGCUUAGCCGAUGCCGUUGUUUACCUGCACAAAAGAGACAUAGUGCACCGGGACUUGAAACUUGAGAACAUUCUUGUACAGAAUGAUCUUGAUGAGGAUGAUAAUGGCAGGAUUAAUAUCAAGGUGACAGACUUUGGAUUAUCGGUGAAGACAGGUGGUGUAGGGAUUGAGAACAUGAUGACUGAGGCCUGUGGGACUCUUAUCUAUAUGGCACCUGAAAUGAUGAGCGGUCGUGGUUACAGCCAGUGGUGUGAUGUGUGGAGCAUUGGAGUCGUUAUGUAUAUGUUGUUGUGUGGGGAGCCUCCGUUUGUGUCCAAAACAAAGGCAAACCUACUUAAGGAGAUUAUGAACAAAGAAGUCAAAUUUACUCAACCCAUCUGGGCCACAGUCAGUGAUGCAGCAAAAAAUCUAUUGACUUGCCUUCUGAAGGCGGACCCUGCCUACCGUAUGUCCGCUAAUCAGCUACUAGAAAACCCUUGGAUUACAGGUGACACUAAUGUGCCUGCUAUGCCGUCCAAUGUGCUGGAGAUGAUGCGCAACCACCUGGAACAGAAAGAGAGAACACAGACUGUGGAGGACUUGUCCCUCACCUCUUCUGAGGUCACACUGGACCCAACCCCGCUCCCCAGGGUAGCUUCAACAGAAACAGAUAGCAGCUGUAGGAGGGAUGCUGAGAGAGACAACAGUUUAUGCCCACCCUCCACAUCCACCACCACGUCAGAUGCCAGUGGGAAACCCUCCACACAGCCGAGUGCAAAGCAGCGCCGGCUUCGGGACAAGAAGGACGUCGGUACAGGACAGAAACCAGCCUCUGAGCUCAGUAAGGCAGACGACCAGAGACCUUCUACCUCCAGCAAAAGUAGGACUGGCCCCCGCAAACUCUAAGACCAAUACCCCUUUAGAAUAAAAAGACUAAACUAAAAGAUGAGCCAUUUCACUUAUAAAAGAGUGAGAGAGAACCAUAUGGAGAGAACACACAGUUGGGCAAAAGAAAGUGAGCACACGAGAGAAAAACCUUUACUUGGACCUUUUACUUAUUUUUCUUAUACACUUUAUUUAAUGUUAUUAUUUUUAUUUCAUGAAAUUCUGUGUUUUAGCAGUUAUGUGAAUGAAACUGCUGUGAAUGGUGCAACCCUUUAUGGUGAUUAACAGAAACUAAGCAGUGACAAAUAAAUGGGCCUCAUAUGCAAGUGUAAAAAUAGUACAAGAAGUCUGAGAAAACUGCAGCUAAGGGUCCAGCCUCAGCAGUGCCUCGUGCCAAAGGAAAGAGCCCUCGGUCUGAGGUGCUCCUCAGAUGGGGCCAAACUGCUGGACAAAUGCCAACUGUUUGAGAACAUCAUGCAGCCCAAAUACAGACUCACACUUUUAUAGUGGCCAGCAAACAGGGAUUUAAUGAGUUUGUCAGAUAUUACUGGUGGCAUCUGAUUGAAGGCUUUUAUUAUACAGCAGGUACCUAGAGUUAGUUGAGUAAAGAGAGCUACCCAGGAGAUUUGAGCACAGCUCAUUCCUUAAUAAAUUCCUAAUUUAGUAAUUGACUUACUACCUAGCAGCGUACCUUGUCAUUCUUAAAGUCAUCUUUUUAUUUAUAUACACUGUAAAUGUAUGGCUAUAGAAAUGAUUACAUCUCUUAUGUAAAAAGUGAAUGUUAAUUUAUUACUUUGGGAAAAAAAUAAUUAUUAGCUAAAGGUCAACGGGUGUAAU